AUGUAAUCUUGUUAUUCUUUAGGCAUUGAUUUAGGUAGAAGCAACUCAUAUUGUGGUUUAUGGAUUAAUGAUUCAGUUGAGAUAAUCCUAAAUGAAUUUGGUAAUAGACAAACUCCUUCUUAUGUUGCAUUUACUGAAAAUGAAUGUCUUAUAGGUUAGGCAGCAUUAGAUUAAAUUCAUAACAAUCCUCUAUAAACUAUAUUUAAUGUCAAAGAUUUGAUGGGAAGAAGAUUUUCUGAUUAAUCUUUUCAAAAAUUAUUAAAAGAAUUACCUUAUUAAGUGGAACCUGGAAUCGAUGACAAACCUAUGAUAGUUGUGAAAUAUAAGAAAUAAAUUCAAAAAUAUUUUCCUACUUAAAUUUCUUCUAUGAUUCUAUAAAGUUUGAUGAAGUCAGCUGAAUUAUAAUUGGGAAAACCUAUUUCUGAUGUUGUAAUAGUAGUACCAAGUUAAUUCAACGAUUUACAAAGAUAAGCUCUUAAAGAAGUGGGAAUUAGUCUUGGUUUGAAAAUACUUAGAAUAAUCAAUGAACCUUCUGCUGCUGCUAUAGCUUAUGAUUUGAAUAAGAUUACUAAAUAAGAAUAAUUAGUAAUUAUUUUUGAUUUUGGAGGUAGAAAACUUGAUAUUACUUUGUUAUUAAUUGAAGAUGGUUUUAUUGAAUUAAAGGCAAAUAGUUUAUACAAUUAAUUGGGUGGGAUAUAUUUUGAUAAUAAAAUUACUGAGUAUUUUUGUAAUUAAAUUUUGAAAUAGAGAGGAAUUGAUAUUAGAAAUAACAAAGAAUUAUUUUAAAAACUUCUUAUUCUAAGUGAAUAAGCUAAAAAAGCUUUAUCUUCAACCAACUAAACAACAAUGGAAAUAAAUGAUUUUAUGUGCACAAUAACGUAAGACAAGUUUGAAACAUUGUGCAUGAAUAUGUUUAAAGAAUCUAUUUAAAUUUUAGAUUAAUUUUUAAAGGAUUUGAACAUAUCAAAAAAUCAUAUAGAUGAGAUUAUUCUAGUUGGUGGAUCUUCUAAUAUUCCAAUAGUUUAAAAAUUAUUAUAAGAAUAUUUUGAUGGAAAAUAAUUAAAAAAUUAAAUAAACCCAAAUGAAGUUAUAGUAUUUGGUGCUGCUAAAUAGGCUGCUCUAUUAAAUGGUUAAAUUUGCGAGAAAAUCUAAUUUACCUGUGUAUUUGAUGUUACCAUAUUAUCCUUUGGAGUUGAAACUUCUGGAGGAUUAUUCACUACACUGAUUACAAGAAAUACCACAAUCCCAACAAAAAAAUCAUAAAUUUUCACAACUCUAAAAGAUUAUUAAACAAAUGUUUUAAUUAAAAUAUACAUAGGUCAGAGAUAUAUGGCUAAAGAUUGUCUGUUAUUAGGACAAUUUAAUUUAACAGGUAUUACUCCAGCACCAAAAGGAAUUCCUUAAAUUUUAAUUACAUUUGAGAUUGAUCAGAAUCAUAUUCUUAAAAUAAUUGCAGAAGAUUUAACUUCAAAGAAAUCUAAUACCAUUAGUAUAUCUAAUAGUGAAAAUUCGCUAACUGUAUUCAAUAUUUAGUAAAUUGUUAUGGAUGCUGAAAAAUUUUUAGCUGAAGACCAAAUAAAUAAAAAUUUGAUCGAAGCAAAAACUAUCCUUGAAUUAAUAAUCUAUAUUCUCAAAAAUAAUUGUGAAAAAUUGUUAGUCGGAAUUUCUGAUAACUAUAAAUCAAAACUUGAAUCCUCAAUUAAAUAAACAAUAGCAUGGAUUCAUGAAAAUCCAAAUUGUGAAACUAUUAAAUAUUAAAAUAAAUUUUAUUAACUUGAAGAGCUACAAAAUGAACUCUUAAAUUAACUCUUGAUGGAAGAUAAUGAAUAACAAAAAACAACAGCAUGGUUACUAAGAACAGCUAAAUUUUCACUUGAAGAAGAAUAAUUAUCCUAAUAAAAUUAUUGA